UCUAUGACAAAUUGACAAUUGACCAAUAAAAACAAGGCAGCUCAGGUAAUCUAAAAAUAAAUAAAUACUAAGCUUGAAGAAAGAACAAGAAUCAUAAUUACUAAUAAUAAGAUGUAUUGCAUUUUGUUUAAUUUACGAAAUUAGAAUUAGAAUGUAAUUUUGAAAAUUUCGUGUUCAUAUUAUACUGAUUCUCAGUGAAAAUAAAUUAUUGUAUAAAAGUUAAUCUAUUAUAUGCAGUACAGUAUGGAAAUUCCUUAUAAGAAAAUAUUUAUAUAUGUUUUAACAUUUGUUGCUUAUGCUUAUACUGGUGUAGGCUCUAAUAUGUUGCGGAAUUUGAAAGAUGCAGUAUUAUCGGCUGAAUCUGUAUUUGGUGAUAUGCUCCAGAAUGUAAUUACUGUAGCAGAAAAGUUCCGGUCUUUACACGAAGUAUUUGACGCGGCCGUAGAAGAAGAAUGCAUAUAUUCCUGCCCAGAAGAUGGGAAACCAGUUCGUAACAAAAACCACAUACCUAAAUCUGAUGGAUGUGGUUCCUUAGGUUUUGAAAUAUCUACAGAAUAUUUGCCACUAGAACUUAUGACCAAGUGUUGUGAUGCACAUGAUAUUUGUUAUGAUACAUGUAACAGUGGCAAAGAAGUAUGUGACUUAGAAUUCAAGAGAUGCCUAUAUAAUUACUGUGAUACAUAUAAAUCUGUAAAUAUAGCUGGUGAUACAUUAUCAAAAGGUUGUAAAGGAGCUGCUAAAUUAUUGUUUACUGGCACAUUAACACUUGGUUGCAAGUCAUAUCUAGAUGCACAGAAAAAUGCCUGCUACUGCCCACCAGGGAAAAAGAAUAGAAGAUAUCCAGGGAAUGGAGAGUUAUAACAAUUUCUUAUAUCUGCAACUAUAAUUAUUUUACUUGUAAGUUUGCAAAAGAAAACAUGUAAGCUCACAUGGAGAUGUAGUGGUAUUUUUGGAUAAGCAGUGAAGGAAACUAAUUGAUCAGUGUUAUAUAUGAUAAAGAACUGCUUUAAUAUUUUGUUUUUAUUUUCUUUUUUUUAUAAUUUUUAUACCUUGUUUAUAAGAUCAAGAAAAAAGAUCCUGGAAUAUAUGUCAACAUAAGAUAGAUUUUUAAGAUGGGGCAGUAAGUGCAAGCACCUUAACUGUUGCUAAAUAAUAAUAACACACAUGUGCAUGUUUAGUUAGUAUGUUAGGUAGGCAAAAAAUAAAAUUUAUUGCCAUAUGUGACAUAGUUUUUAGCAUUUUUUGUGUUCUAACGUCUUGGAUUUUAUAAGAAGUUCAAUUGGAAUCAAUUUCUCCUUACUGUGUACUUAAGUAUACAGUAAGCAAAAUUUACAUUUACAGAUCUUGAGAUCUGUAAAUGCCAAUUGAAAUAUCCUCCAGUCUCGUAUGAAUAUUCUUUUAUAAUUACUACAGUUAAGGUAUUUGUUCUUAUCUACUUUGUGGUAGUAACAUUUGUUGAUAUGUCUUAUAUCAACAGAUAUUAUACAUACUUAAUAGAAUCUCAUAAUGGAAUUCAAAGCAAAUGUAUUGUCACUAGUUUAUUAUUAAUAAUUUGUUUUUACUAUGGCUAUGUUGUUUAUGAUUGUGAUAUUUAAUAAGUUAUAAGGGUAAAAACUAUGUACUUUGAUUUUUGUUUAGAUGAAAAAACAAAUUGUGGUUUGCAUAUUAAUUUAUUUUCCAGAUAGGUUCCUUUAUAUUUUGUAGUUCAAGUAAGUUAAGGCUUACAUUAUGUACAUACAUGUCUUUAUUUAAAUAGGCCAAAGAGAAAUUUUAUGCAUGAUAUAUAAGUUAUAUGACAUGGUUCUCAACUAUGAAGGGAAAUAGAAGCCUGAUUCUUAUA